UUUACGCAUGGGCCCUAUCCAGACGCCACAUUCUUGAAAACUCAGCAUUUAGGGGCCGUCCAAGUAGUCAGACGGACGCCGGUGGCUCAGCAAAGACGCGAUCAUGGCCUCCUUAGCACUGAAUUGUACGCCUAUGUUGUGUUUUAUUUAUUGUUCGUUACUAUUUGGCAAUAUUUUUUGCAAUGCUGAUUCAGAAGAAGAUGAACAUGCCAAACACACGUAUACAGUGGAUAUGUUCAACGAUGCAGUCCCUACCGCUCCCCACUUUGUCAUGUUCUUCGCACCUUGGUGUGGUCACUGCCAGAGGCUACAGGGGACAUGGAAUGAAAUGGCGGACAAAUACAACAGUAUGGAGUCACCACCUGCCUAUGUAGUAAAGGUGGACUGCACCCAGGAUGUUAAGUUCUGCUCCAAUGUCCAUGGCAUCAGGGGUUACCCCACGCUGAAGCUGUUCAAGCCUGACCAGGAGGCAGUGAAGUACCAGGGUCCCAGGGACCUGCAGUCUCUAGAGACCUGGAUGCUGAACACUGUGCAGGAGGAGGCUGCGGAGCCGGAGACUGAGUUGGAACUGCCUAAAGCCCCCGAGCCCAAGCAGGGCCUAUAUGACCUCACUGCCGGCAACUUCAAGGCCCACAUCGCCAAAGGGUCCCACUUUAUUAAAUUCUUUGCACCCUGGUGCGGCCAUUGUAAAGCCAUGGCCCCCACCUGGGAGCAGCUGGCCACUUCCUUCGAGCACUCCGACAACAUCAAGAUCAGCAAGGUGGACUGUACCGAGCACUACGAGGUGUGUUCUGAGAACGCUGUGAGAGGCUACCCCACCCUGCUGUUCUUCACCGAUGGAGAGAAGAUAGACCAGUACAGAGGCAAGCGGGACUUGGACUCUCUGAAGGACUUUGUGGACAACCAGAUGAAGGCUGCUGCUGAGAAGGAGGAAGAUGAACACCCCCAUGCCAACGAGAUCCCAGUACCCAGUGCUGAACCCACCAAAGAAGAGGAGGAGGAGAAAGAGGAGUCUGGCAUUGUUACCCUAACAGAGGCCAACUUUGAUGAGACUGUGGCGAAGGGGUUCACGUUCAUCAAGUUCUACGCUCCAUGGUGUGGCCACUGUAAGAACUUAGCCCCAACCUGGGAGGACCUCUCUAGAAAGGACUUCCCUGGCCUUACUGAUGUGAAGAUUGCCAAAGUGGACUGUACCGUGGAGAGGACCAUCUGCAACAGGUUUUCAGUACGCGGCUACCCCACCCUGCUCAUGUUCAGGGCCGGUGCGCAGGGUGAGGAGCAUCACGGAGGCCGGGACUUGGAGAGUCUCCACGGCUUCGUGAUGAAGCAGGCCCGAGACGAGCUGUAGCCCUGUCCAUUCACCAUCCAGCAUUACCUCUCUCCUACGCCCCCCACACAGUGUAUCUGACCAAUGGGAGGAGUUCUCCCCCCACAAUGGCUGGCUCUCUUCUCUCUCCCUCACUGUUUUUUAUGUUUGUUUUUUACCGCCUCUGUGAUGUCAUGCCUUUGACUGAGGCCAGUCUGAUUCUUUAAUCCAACAGGUUGUGAAAUGUGAAUGUAUGUCCUCCAGAGCAUUUUUUGGCUCUGGAAACGAAAUGUGAUCGACAACCACUUUUUGCCAGCGGUACUAAAUUGUUCAGACUUUAAAAUGCUUAACAUUAUAGUCAGCCCUACUAAGGACACGACACAAGCGUUUCUAUUAAAUGGUGCCAGAUAGUUGUAUCUUAAAUCGUAUAAUUAACCUGACAGCAAUGUUGGUUUUGUUAAAGUUUAUUUUGGUCUUUUAGGAAAAUCAUAAUGAUGACCAGUCAUGAGACCCAUCUAUGUGAAGUUAGUGUAGUACAGGGGUCAAAAUCCACAUUACCUUUUGUGACUGAGCGUUAAGUUGACGGUACUUUUCAUCCAUGUCAGUGACUGCCUAACUAACUUAACUCUCAGGGAAACCCAGUUUCAGAUCUCUGCCUAUGCCAUACUGAUAUCAGUCUGCUGUUUUGAAUCCCCCUUAUUUUACUGACUUCCCCAUAUGACUGGAAACGGCUAAAGGGAAACAACCAUUCAGUGCUUCGUGUCAAACUGGCGCGCGAGUGUGUGCUUGGUCUUCGAUGACAGUGUAAAUGUACUGCAAAAACGAAAUGUAAAGUUUUUCUGUUUUACAUCUUUGUGCGGUUAAGAGGCUUCAGUCACGGUCUGAUCCUGGGCCCCUGGGGACUAGUUACAUUCGUUAUACGGAAUAAUUGUGACAGUAUGUUUGCACACUCAAGUCAUGCCUUAUGAAUAGAAAUCUUCUGGUUUGGGCCAUUAAAGGAAUGGAACUGUGUCCAACAGGGAAACAUUUAUGCAAACACUUAUUUGGAAUUGACGGUUAAUGAAAGUAGUUAUGGGCUUAGUGCAUUACUCAUUGUAGUGUACCAUUUAGAAUGUUCCAGACAAAUCUUGUCCAGAACAGAGAUUCGUACUGUAUGCAGCACAUAUCAUAGAUUUCACCAAGCUAUAUAUUCUAUUAUGUUGACGAAGGGCUUCAUUCAAUCUGUUGCGUCAAGGUCUGUGGUGUAGAACAGGUAGUAGUUGAAAUUUUAGAUUUUGCAGACAUCCAGCAUAUUCAGUGAAUGCAGUCUCUGCAAACAUGGAAACGUGGCUUCAAAUAUCAACAGCACUAACACUGAUCUUCUGCGCUACUAAUUAAAUGGAGUUCUAAGCCCCCAUAUCAUGUCCAGGUGUAAACCGUUCUCCCAAGUGUCACUCCACAGCUAAGCACAAGAAUGCAACAUCAGCCACGAUAUACUUCAGGUCUGUUAUCUACCUUGUGAAAAAUCUGGAAUGUUGUUUAGUUUACUUCAGAUGCUGGGAGAUAAAAAAAACCAAAUACGGAAGGAUAAUCCACAUGGUGACCAGUCAAGGCUCGUUUAGUCAGGAAGCUCCGACACUGUUCUUCUCUGGGGUGGUUGGGCUGUUGCCAGUGGUCGGUCUGUCUGUGUGAGUGUGUGUGUGUGGACGCAUGCAUUUGCUAUGGGAUGUAGGUUUCACAUUCAGUGCUAAAUUAAGGGAAUCAAAUGCAUUCAGAGGCCAACCACUUAUUGUCAGUAAAAUCUUUAUGGAUAGCACAUGGUCUCAGGAGUCUCCAGUGAAGAAAAGCAGUUUUUUUUUUUUCCUUAUGCGUGGGUUGUAAACUGCCCAUGGAUUUUGUACAAAAAAAUGGCAAGUUGUAACAUUGAGAUUUCAUAAUAAAAUUUCUUUUUCCAAAACA